AACCUUUUAUAUGACUAAGAGGGGAGCCUAAAAUGUCGUCUAGUGGCACCAUAAGUAACUAUUAUGUCGAUUCUCUCAUAGGCCAUGAAAGCGAAGAAGUUUAUGGGAGUAGAUUCGUCCAGGGAGGUCACAGUGCGACCUCCAGGCCAUCAGGUGUUGCAGAGAGUUCAGAUUUUUCCUCUUGUAGCUUUGCACCAAAAUCCACCGUGUUUUCCACCUCCUGGUCCACUGUUCACCAUCAGCCGUCUGCGGCAAUGACCGGGAUCUACCACCCCUACAUGCACCAGCCCCACUUAGGGGCAGCCGACGCCGGCCGCUACGUGCGCUCCUGGAUCGAGCCCUUCCCGGGCUUCCCGGGCGGCGGCGGCGGCGGCGGCGGCAGCGGCAGCGGAGGCAGCAGCAGCGGCGGUUCCGCGUCCAGCUCCGGCUCCGCCAACGGGCGCCACUAUGGGAUAAAGCCGGAGACGGGAGCAGCCACCUCCUCGUCUUCCUCCUCCUCUUCCUCCUCCUCCAAAAGGACUGAAUGCUCCUCGUCUCGGGAGUCCCAGGGGAUCGGUGUGCCCGAGUACACGUGCAGCUCCUUCCUCCAGGAGUCCCGGGAGAAAGCGCCUGCCGGCAGCUCCAAGGACCCCGCCGCCUGCAGCCACAACCCCAGCCCGAGCAGCGAUCUGAAAGAGGAGAAGCAGCAGCAACUUGACCCAAAUAACCCUGCAGCAAACUGGAUCCACGCUCGUUCAACGAGGAAAAAGCGUUGUCCCUACACAAAGUAUCAAACUCUGGAACUGGAAAAGGAAUUUCUGUUUAACAUGUACCUCACCCGAGACCGCCGUUACGAAGUAGCUAGGAUUUUAAACCUCACAGAGAGACAGGUCAAAAUCUGGUUUCAGAACAGAAGAAUGAAAAUGAAAAAGAUGAACAAGGAGAAAGGCAAUAAAGGAGACUAACACUGGGGUGGAAACGUAGUUGGAGACUAUUGAUUUAGUUUUGAGUUUGGAUUUUUAACGGGGGAGUGUGGGGUUUUGGUUGUUGAGGGGUUUGGUGGUUUUUUUUUGGUUUUGGGUUG